UCUGAGAGCAGGAGAGAGAGAGAGAGAAAGAGAGCCCGAGGCGCUGGAGAAAGAGAACAAAAAAAAUCAAACUCAAUCAGCAACUUUGUGGAGCUGAAGAAAGCAGCAAUUUGGCGAGAGGUGAACCUCCUGUUGAGUGCAUUCCAGGACAGCACCGACUCCCAGACACUGGAAAAGCAGCUGGUUCGCCGGGAGAUUGGGCAGUUGCUGCUUCAUGACAGGCAUGUCUUCUGUAAAGCAAAGAAAUAAAAGCCACCCAGACCGGGGGUCUCACUCCAACCAGGACGACGUGGCGAAGAGGGGCUUGAAGGGAAAUAAAGGGGGGUCAGACUCCGGCUCGAGCAUCAGCAAGGUGCUCACCGGCUUCCUCAUGUUCGCUGUGGCCGCCGCCGCCGCCUCACUGAGCGCCUGGUACCUGCACAGCCUCUCCCAGCAGAUCAACCACCUUCACCAGAGGAGCGAAGAAACCUCCCUGGAAAGCAGCGGCGUGGCGACCAAGCUGGAGUCCGUUUUGCAACAGGUGGAAUCUACGAAAAUCUUGAUGAACAGACUAGACUCAGUUUUGCGCCAUACACAACAGGAGCUGCAAGAAACUAACAAAGCAGUCAACAAGGGUGAAAGCAAGACAAAUCAAAUUACUGAAACUCUACAAAAGCUGCAGAAUGAAAUCCUUCGAGAUCUUUCUGAUGGGAUCCAAGAUGUAAAAGAAGCAAGAGAGAGAGAUGUUACAUCUCUUGAAAAAACAGUCGAGGAAAAAUUAACAGAAUUAACCAAAUCGAUCCACGAUAACAUUGUUGCUUUUACAGAGGUACAGGAGAAGAAUCAGAAUGACAUUGACGAAAUGAAGUCAAAAAUUGGUUCAUUGGAAACAACCAUUGAGACAAAAAGUCAAGAAAUUACAGUGUUAAUUGAUAAACAUGAUCAGUUAAAAAAUGCCUUACAUUCACAGCUUACAGCACAGGAAGCACUGAAGCAGUCAGUGUCCAAUGCUGAAAUAUCUCUCAAUGCUGUGUCUGAAGAAGUUCACAAUUGUCGGCAAGAUUUACAAGAAACUAAGGACAGCUUGAACAACCAGAAAAAGGAACUACUUUCAAAGGCAGUUGAUGCUUCAACUAGUGUUGAAAAACAAAAUGAGAUGUUUGAAUCCCGAUUAUCUGUGGCAGAAGAAAAUAUUCUGGCUUUGAAUACAGCUGCAACACACUUAUCUGAGAAGUUAGAAUUCUACAAACUAGAUUCAGUACAGAAUACAAUGAGGAGUAUGACUGAGUCUCAGGCAUCACUCAGCAAUGAGAUUCAAACAUUAAAAGCAAACCUAAAAGACCUGCAAAACCCGGCCACAGAGGAAGUCCUCAAUGCUCUACACAAUGAAAUGCAAGCUCUGGAAGCACAGCAGAAGGAACAGAUUACGGAAGUACAAUCAGACCACAAAGAAAGCCUAAAGCAGUUGGAAAAGAGUGUUACUGAAAUAGGUGAAAAAAGUCAAAAUGUUGCAGCCACAUUAAAAUCCGUGGAAGAGAUGAUAAGGUCUGAGUUUGACGAGAAAUUAUCAACGAUGGAAAGCUCCAUGGAUGAACUUAAGUCUUCAAUCAGUGAGGCCAAGACUGAUCUGGAAGUAUUAGGAUCAACUGUGGACAGCCUACUCUCCAAACCUGAGGAGACUGAGACAGCGGAGGAUGAACUGGCAUCCCUAAAACUGUCACUAAAUGAGUUACAAUCUGAUGUUGAUAAAUUAUCAGCGUCUUUAAACAGAAUGCAAUAAGCUAGUAGAUACACAAGUAGUUGGGUGAAGUUUCAAAACAGUUUCCAUAUCGUAUUGAUUUGCUUGGAAAUAUAGAACAUAAUUGAGAUUGUUUUAAUGAUUUUUUUUAUAACAGAAUACAACAUAUGUA